AGGAGGAGGGCAGCCCGGAAUGAUAUGAAGGUGACACCGUUCCCUCCAGUAACUGCAAACUAUUAAAAAAAAGGGGGAUAAAAAAAAAAGAGAAAGAUAAGAGAAAUUAAUAUAAAAAAUACAAGUUUAAAACAACAUCCCGGCAUUUUGUGCGUGAGCGGGGCCGGGCAGCAGUGAGCUGCCAGUUGGAGUUGCGUCACCCGGACAGGCCGCUGCUUCCGUAGGCCCGAGAGAGAGGCGGCUUCACCGGCCCCGCACCCCGGACAGACCCGCCUCACCGGCCCCGGACCCCCGGACUGACCGGACCAACCCGGCUCAGCGACUUGCUUCGCGCCCAACAGCACCAGCUUCUUAUCCCCCCUUCCUCCGUUUUGAACUCAAGUGGCGGCGAUGGGUGUCCCCAAGUUUUAUCGCUGGAUAAGUGAACGGUAUCCGUGCCUGAGCCAAGUGGUGAAAGAGCAUCAGAUUCCGGAAUUUGACAAUCUCUAUCUGGAUAUGAAUGGAAUUAUCCAUCAAUGUUCUCACCCAAACGAUGAAGAUGUGCACUUUCGAAUCUCUGAGGAAAAAAUAAUUGCUGAUAUUUUCCACUAUGUGGAAGUACUAUUUCGCAUCAUUAAGCCAAAGAAAGUCUUCUUCAUGGCAGUUGAUGGUGUGGCUCCAAGAGCAAAAAUGAAUCAACAACGUGGCAGACGUUUUAGAUCAGCAAAGGAAGCAGAAGAGAAAAUUAAAAAAGCAUUAGAGAAAGGAGAAACUCUUCCGACAGAAGCCAGAUUUGACUCCAACUGUAUUACCCCAGGUACUGCUUUUAUGGCCAGGUUACAUGAGCAGCUAAAAUAUUUUAUAAACCUGAAGAUUUCAACUGACAAAUCCUGGGAAGGUGUGACUGUGUACUUGUCAGGUCAUGAGACCCCAGGGGAGGGAGAACACAAAAUCAUGGAAUUUAUUAGAGCUGAAACAAGAAAACCUGAUCAUGAUCCCAAUACAAGACACUGUCUGUAUGGACUGGAUGCUGAUUUAAUUAUGCUUGGAUUAACAAGCCAUGAACCAAAUUUUUCCCUUUUGAGGGAAGAAGUUCGAUUUGGAGGCAGGAAAUCACAGAAAAGGAUUACUGCAGUCGAAGAAACUACGUUUCACUUACUGCACCUGUCCCUAAUGAGAGAGUAUAUUGACUAUGAGUUUUCAUCUGUACGGGACAAGAUUUGCUUUGAGUAUGACCUUGAACGAAUAAUUGAUGACUGGAUAUUGAUGGGGUUUCUUGUUGGUAAUGAUUUUAUUCCUCAUCUACCUCAUUUACACAUCAAUCAUGAUGCACUGCCUUUGCUAUACAAGACAUACACUGAGGUCCUGCCAACCCUUGGAGGGUAUAUUAAUGAAGGCGGAACACUAAAUUUGGAACACUUUGAGAAGUAUCUUGUAAAACUGUCAGAGUUUGAUCGUGAACAUUUCAGUGAAGUUUUUGUUGACCUAAAGUGGUUUGAAAGUAAAGUGGGCAAAAAGUACCUAAAUGAGGCAGCAGGCAUUGCAGCAGAGGAAGCAAAACGACGUAAAAAGAAAAACAAGAUUCGAGAUGAUUUGUGUUUAGCCGUAUUAGAUGAAGGCAGAAAUGAGGCAGAAGCCUGUUCAAACUGCAAUACCGAAUUCAAUCACGAAGAUCAAUGGGAUGAUGACAAUGAUAAUGACAAUGAGGAUGAGGAUGAUUUGUUUGAAACAGAAUUCAGGCAAUACAAGAGAGUUUAUUACAUGACAAAGAUGGGUGUAGAAGUUGUUUCUGAUGAAUUUCUUGCCCAACAAGCCGAAUGUUAUGUUCAAGCAAUACAAUGGAUUUUGCACUAUUAUUAUCAUGGUGUGCAGUCCUGGAGCUGGUACUAUCCUUUUCAUUAUGCACCUUACCUAUCAGACAUCCGUAAUAUCAGCAAGUUGAAGAUAGCAUUUGAUAUAGGGAGACCAUUCAAGCCAUUUGAGCAGCUUUUGGCUGUUCUGCCAGCAGCUAGUAAAGAGCUUCUACCCAACUGCUACCAGUUUUUAAUGACUGAGGAAGAAUCUCCAAUCAUAGAGUAUUAUCCUCCAGAUUUCAAAACUGACCUUAAUGGCAAGCAGCAGGAGUGGGAAGCUGUUGUUCUGAUUCCAUUUAUUGAUGAAAAACGAUUACUGGCAGCCAUGGAACCAUGUAAUAGAGAUCUUUCAGAGGAGGAGAGAGAGCGCAAUAGACACAGUGGGUGUGUCCUGUUUAGCUGGGAUAAAGAAAUUGAAUUUAAAUAUCCAUCACCGUGGCCAGAAAAAUUUCCGGAUGUGGAGCAGUGUCAUGCAAGAUAUGAAGAGAUUCCCAUGGAUGCUUGGAGAGUAGAUCUCAGUUGCACUAUAAAACACGUCACUGAUAAGGGUUCUUUGUACUUCCGUGGGUUUCCAACUCUGAAGCAUAUUAAACAUAAGUUCUACUUGGGGAAGAGUGGAGUGCAAAUCUUUCAACAGCCAAGCCGUGGAGAGAAUAUGCUUUUGGAGCUAUUGCCCAAAGUAGAGGAGGAAAAUGUGGAUGAUGUUGCGAAUAAUGAACUGGGAAGGCCUGUAUUUCUGAAUUGGCCUCAUCUUGAGGAAGCUCGAGUUGUUGCAGUGUCAAAUCAAGAAAUGAAAUAUUAUUUAGAAGAACCCCCAGGAGUACAGAAGUUAUACAUUGGGAAAACUCCUCCACCUACUAAAGUAGUUUACCUCGGAGACGCAGAACAAAACAUGUGGAACAGAGAAGUACAUAAUAUAACUGAAUUUUACCACAAAAGGAAAGGAAUCCUCAUCAGUGAAACGUCGGUGCUUGUCUAUGCACAGCUCCUCACUGGGCGUCGAUACGUAUUUGGACAUAAUGGUGAAGUUACCUUAGAGAAGGAAUGGUCAAAGCAAGUACUACCAUUUGCUCACCAGACCAUUGUGAGGAAUCUUAAAUCAUUUGAUUCCAGUUUCUCUCACUUCAGUUCAUUGGAUGAAUUGUUCCCACCCAAAAUUAAGGUCUUCAUGAUGGGAACUCCCUACUAUGGCUGCAUGGGAGAGGUUUAUGACUCUUCUGAUGUUAUCAGAGAUGGGAGAAUCCGUGUGGUUUUCACCGUUCCAUGUGAGCCGCAGCUGGAUGGCAUCAUACAAAACCAGCAUAAAUACUCUACAAAAUACAACCCAGGAUAUGUCUUGGCCAGUCGCCUUGGAAUUACUGGGUAUCUUGUGUCACGGUUGACCGGAAGUUUGUUUAUUGGGAGAGGAUCAAAGCAAAAUCCUCUUGGAGAACAGAAAAUAAAUGUGGGGCUGAAUCUGAAAUUUAAUAAAAAGAAUGAAGAAGUACCUGGUUACACAAAGAAAGUUGGGAAUGAAUGGCUGUAUUCCUCUGCAGUUGAACAGAUUCUGAGUGAAUAUCUAGAAAGGUUCCCAGAAUUAAUAAGCUACAUUGCCAAAAACAGUCAAGAAGAUCUGUACUAUGAGGACAACAUAUGGCCUGGAGAGGAUGCAAAUGGUCCUGAAAAGGUCCAAGAAAUUGGAGCCUGGUUGAAGAUGCAUCCUGUCAGCAGUUUGUCAAGAGCAUCAUGUGACUUGAACCUACUUGAUAGAGCAGUUAUUGAAAAGAUUGAAGAGGAGGUAGAGAUAUGCAAGCAACGACGAAGUAACAAGAAAGUAAGAGUGACUGUGAAACCACAUUUGUUAUUUCGGCCUCUGGAGCAGCAAUAUGGUAUAGUCCCAGACAAAGAUGCAGAAUACCUUUUAUUUGAUCGUGUUGUGAAUGUGAGGGAGGACUUCUCUGUUCCUGUUGGUCUUCGAGGAACCAUCAUAGGAAUUAAAGGAGCUGAGAGAGAAUCUGAUGAAUUUUACGAAGUAUUAUUUGAUGAAGAAUUUCCAAGUGGACUUACAAUAAGAUGCUCUCCUGGCCGAGGCUAUAGACUCCCGAAGUGUGCCUUAAUCAACCUCAGUCAUGGUAACCGCUUGGAGUUUGGAGGCCAGAAAGCAGCAGCAUUAUUAAAGCCACAACCAGCACCUAUACCUCAAUAUACAAUGUAUCCUUCCUCACAGUCUGGUGCUCAGAAAGUAUCAUCAGGAGGCCUGAACCACUCCCCACGCUCUCUAUUUGUACCAACACAGCAGCUGAAUGGAAGGCAACCAUAUCUCAGGGCAGAAAAUCAGAAGAAUCAACUCAACCAUCAGAAAGCAAAUGGACCAUCUAGCUUUCAUCAGAAUGAGGAAAACCAACGCAAAGGAGGAUCUGCUAAGCCGGGCCAGUUGAAGUCUGAUGAUGAGUUCUCCAAUGUAUGGCAGUCCUUACACAGCAAUUUUGGAACUUCUCCCACCCACAUACAGAGCAGUUCUCGCAAUGCAGAUUUAGCCAGUAAACACUGUUUGGUUUGGCAAGAAAAGGCUGUGACUGGGCCAGCAUCUGUUUCAGGGUUUCAGUCCAAAAAUCCCAAUUCUACGGAAAAUAAAAUGCAACCAUCCAAACCAGAUGGGCAGCAAAAACAGAAAUGGGUACCAUCAGAACAACAGCCAUGUGCGAGGAAAGCGAAACAGGACAACUCUGAAUGUUUCAAGGCAAGAACUCGUGAACCUGAAAACCCUGGCCAAUCACAGUCAUCAGUUUCCAAACUGCAAAGUAAACAGGCAUGUACUAGCAAUAGUAAACCAAGUAUGAAAAUUCUAAGAAGGAAUGAAGACUCAAAUGAACAGAAGCCUUCAGUGAUAAAUUGUCAGCCCUCUGCAUCAAUAGAAAUGAAUAACUCUUCCACAAAGCAGGUACCAACUGAAUUUGAGGAACUGUUAGUUUCAUUAAAGACACCGAGUGAACAAGCAGGAAAAGAUGCACAAAGCUCAGAGUCCAAAGAAAGUCAAAGAAUCACUGGAGAACCUCUAUCCCCACAGUCUUUUGCCAUGAAAGGAACACAGAUGUUGAAGGAAAUUCUGAAGAUAGAUACUGCAAGUUCAGCCCCUCAGAAAGAAAAUAAUGUGUCCUCUAAUGUAAAGCAAGAAAUCUCUCAAACCACCACUGCCCAUCAUGAGAAACCAGGAUAUACCUCCCACCAACGUCCAGUAAAAAAACUUGCUGCACAAAUCAACAAAACUCAGGGCUCACUGGGUGGAGAAAUCUCAGGACAUUUUCGAGGACGACAGCAGCCUCCUUUAUCUACUCCAGUGUCAGAGUUGCUUGCCGUUUGUGCCAGAAUUGGUCUACCACAUCCAGAUUUCUCCUUUAUCAAGACCCCACAGGGCCUGACAGUUUGCCAAGUGAAGUUAGCAAAUGGUUUGCUAGUGCAUGGACCUCAGUGCCAGUCAGACAGUGAAGCCCAGGAAAAAGCUGCAGCAUUUGCAUUACAGCGACUGAAUGCCACAGGACAAAAUGUUUCCCUUCCUCCAAAUAUGUUUCAUGGUUAUCAACCAGUUACAAGAACUGUACCACCUCGAGUCAUUCCACCAUCCUUUGGUCAGACCUCUGGUGGCAUGAUGCCCACAGCUCCAAAUGGGUAUGGUCCUGUGCCUUGGCCAACUUUGAUUCCUCCCCCACUGUACAAUAACUUUCAGAUCCCAUAUUCAGGAAACAUCUGCCCUGGAGGAGUACUUAUUGGUACUCACAAUCAGUUUGUGCCUUUGCAGGUCACCAAGAGGAGGACAACCUUCAGUAAGACAUAUGACGACAAGGAAUACAAUCAUUCAAUUCAGCAAAAGUUUAAUCAACCAGCAACUAAAAUGGAGUUUUCUCAUGCAUCAUCACAUGGGUCUCCUGCUGCUGGGACCUCAAGAAACUUUUUUCAGCCUAGUCGAACACCUCUUGAACCCCAGAACAAAUCAAUUGUACAGACUCCUGUUCAACCCCAAGGGCAGCAAAGGCCAACGUCAGGUUCUUCUGCUAAACGUAAGCACAGGAAACUGGCAGUCAAUUUUGGAGCGUCCCAAUUGCCCCAAUAAUUAAGGUAUUCCAGAUCCUUUUUUAGUGUCAUCUGAUGCCCCUAUUUGUCCACGUCUGCCGGUAACUUGUGAAUUGCCAUCAGUCAUCCAGGGAACAUCUGACUCUCCCAACUGCAAUCUCCCAUCUCAACAUGCGUGACCAUUUUUAUAAAUUUCAUAUAAAUUUUUAUUCAAUAUAGCCAAUUAUGUCCAUUGUACAGUUAAAACACCAAAAGCCUGAUGUGUUCAUGUAAAACAAUGUAUUUUAUACGACUAAAGAAAAUUCAACUUCUGGUGUAGAUGUUGUAGAAAGUGAUCUAAGAUUGUUUUAUAGAAAUCAGAAAAUUUCAAGAAUGAUUUACUGCCUGAUUUAUAGGUUCUAUGCAUUCACUUGUGUUUUUUUUUGUUUUAGAAUACUUUAAGCAUUUUAUCUAAUUGUGACACAAACUUUUUAAUGUCUAUCAAUAUUAAAAUUGCAUUGCUUUUAUGAGUACUCUAAAUGUUGUAUUAAAGCCUUUUCACAUGGAUCAUACUAGGUUAGGAAAGAUACAGUGAAAGGAAGUUGAUGGCGACUCAUUAGUCAUUUAUUGACAAAUGUGGACUUUUUACAUUUUAUGUAUUAAACAAUGGAGAAGUUACUGGCUAAUAACAGUACAAUUCAAUGUUGCACUUUCUGCUGAUGUGUAUAGAUAAACUCAAUAUUACAAAUAAAGCAUUUUGUUACAAGUGUU